AAAAGUUAUAAAAAAAAAAAAAGACAAAUAUAUUAUCAUCUGAUCUCUACUUUCAACCAUUGAAGCCACACUCAGACUCUCAUGACUUUCGGGUCAUCAUUGAGCUUGCUGUAGUGAGGUGUUUAAUCUGAAAUUUGUUUGACCAAAUUCAUGGCGGAACUGAUAGGGCCUCGCUUGUACAGCUGCUCUAAUUGUAGAAACCAUGUCUCACUCCAUGAUGAUAUUAUUUCCAAGGCUUUUCAUGGAAGAAACGGCCGAGCCUUUCUGUUUUCCCAUGCAAUGAAUAUUGUCACGGGGCCAAAAGAAGACAGGCAUCUCUUGACUGGCCUCCAUACUGUUGCUGAUGUUUAUUGUGGCGAUUGCCGUGAAGUGUUGGGUUGGAAGUAUGAAAGAGCUUAUGAAGCAUCCCAGAAGUACAAGGAAGGAAAGUUCAUACUUGAAAAGUCAAAAAUUGUUAAGGAGAACUGGUAGCAUUCCUUUCUGCUCCCCAUUCUAUUCAUUCCGCUCUUCGUGUUGGUUCGUUCAUGUUUUGUGAUUGUCAUCUUGUACAGGAUGUUCUUACCUUCAACCAUUUGAAAUUUGUCAUUGUUUCUCCUACUUCAUUGUAGUUCCUCAUGUUAUGACCAGAAGUGAAAUUGUAAGAUAAACUGUUUAUUCCCUGUUAAUAACAUUGUGUAUUCAUUUUUCUGGUCUAUGAAUAUCAUGGUUAUCUAUGAAGAACA